CUCCUAACAAUCUGACUAAUAGUAAUCUGAGCUAACAAGAAAGACUAGAAAGGGAGGAAUGAGACUAGAGGAGCUGACACUGACAACAUCUGCAGCUCAGUGGAAGGAUCUGUCACACCUAUUUCUUGGCUGCCUUGGAAAGGGUUAAUCUGGUCCAGUCAAAUUUAAGAUAGCCGGGAUAUCUGCUCUGAAUUUUAAAUAAGACAGGGAUGCAUGUCACUGGAUCAGCCCCUGUAUUAUACCACAAGCUCACUGUGCACUGAGAUCCUCAGCCAGAGCCCCAGCUUGUCCUCUCUCUGGGUUGCAUGCAUCUCUAUGGAUAUGUUCAAGCUUGCAGCAAAGUUCAUUCUGAGAUGGCAAUGUUCUUCUCCCUGGUGAAAGGUUUUGCUGGGAAGGAAAGCAGAUAUCAGAUUGACUGUUGGGACUUGUUCUUCAUCUGAUCUUAUUGGUUUAGAGCUUUUUCAGGAGGAUACCCAUUUUGGACACAAUGGUCAUCUCCGUUUUUGUCUUAAUAUAUAUUUUUAUUAAUGUAUCAUCAGUAAACUUAGCAUCUGAAUCAUUACGGUUGGGAUCAUGCAAGGAUGUGUGUUUAUGUGAGGAAAAAGAUGGGACUUUAUUGAUGAAUUGUGAAGAGAAGGAUAUCACAUCAUUGUCAGAGAUAGAAGCACCUCCCUCUCAAUACUUAGAGAUCAAUCUUUUGAACAAUGGCCUAUAUAAGCUACAUGUCAAUGAGUUUUCAGACUUCAGUCACCUUAUAUCUCUACACCUUGGUUUUAAUAAUAUUGUGGAGAUUGAACCUGGUGCUUUCAAUGACCUCCGUGAACUUAAAAAACUCCAUAUUAAUCACAACUCAUUGGAAAUACUACAAGAAAACACUUUUUUAGGACUAGAUAAUUUGGAAUUUCUUCAAGCAGACAACAAUUUUAUUACUACAAUUGAAGCAAAUACAUUCAGCAAGCUAAACAGAUUGAAAGUUCUCAUUCUUAAUGAUAAUGCUAUUCACUUCUUACCUGCUAAUAUUUUUCGUUUUGUGCCCUUGACACACUUGGACCUAAGAGGAAAUCAUUUACAAAAUCUUCCUUAUGUGGGAUUUUUAGAACACAUUGGUAGAAUUAUUGAACUUCAGUUAGAAGAUAAUAGAUGGAUGUGUAACUGUGACUUAUUGCAGCUAAAAAUAUGGCUCGAGAACAUGCCUAGACAAUCUACAAUCGGUGAUGUGGUUUGCUUUAACCCUCCUGAUUUAAAAGGUGUUAUCCUUCGAAAAUUAAAAAAAGAAAUGUUCUGUAUUACAACUCCUAGUAGUGAUCUUGAAGAACCUUCAGUUCCAUUGUCUUUGUUAGGUACAUCUUCAAUAAGCGAUGGUCGUUUACCAACAAAGAUAACUUCAUUUCAGAAAAAUCCAACCAAGGAAACAUUUGUUCUCACAAAAGCAACCACUAGUCUUCCAGGUAUCUACUGUCCAAUCCCAUGUCAUUGUUCUCUUUACAGUAUUUCUGGGACUUUGAUACACUGUCAAGAGCGAAAUAUUGAAAGCAUUUCUGACCUGGAUCCUCCACCACUAAAUCCAAGAAAGUUCAUUUUGGCUGGAAACAUUAUCCAUAGAAUUUAUAAAUCAGAUUUAACAGAAUAUGGGACCUUGGAAAUGCUUCACCUAGGUAAUAAUAAAAUUGAAAUGAUUGAAGAAUAUUCCUUCCAAAAUUUGACCAAGCUACAGAAAUUGUAUUUGAACGGAAAUCAUUUGAGAAGCUUGAAUUUUGGCACAUUCAUUGGAUUGUUGAGCAUCGAAUACUUGUAUCUAGAGUACAAUGCCAUCAAUGAGAUCUCAUCUGGAACAUUUUCUGAAAUGCCAAAACUCAAGGUGCUUUAUUUAAAUAACAACCUUCUAAAAGCACUCCCAGAACAUAUAUUUUUGGGAGUUCCAUUAAUAAAACUAAAUCUUAAAUCUAACUUGUUUUCGAAUAUUCAUCCCAGGACAAUUUUUGAGGAGUUGACCUUGUUGACACAAAUUGAUUUGCAAGAAAAUCCUUGGGACUGUACAUGCAAUUUAACUGGUCUCCAAAAAUGGAUACAAAUGCAUAAAAUGGCUAUUAUUAGUGACAUCUACUGUCAGUCUCCUAAAGAACUAGCAAUGAUGGAGCUAAAAACCCUUGAGAGAGAAGACCUUUGUCGAGAAUUAAUAACCAACCAAGUUCUCCCAACACAACUGAACUGGGAAAAUUUUACACCAGCAUUAACUACUAGUAAAGUUGAUAACAUAUUAAAAUCCCUUUCAGAUUAUAUACCGCUGUCUGUUUUAAUACUUGGACUUCUCAUCAUUUUAAUCACAGCUGUGUUGUGUUCUGCUGGUAUAAUAGUCCUUGUCUUACAUAGAAAACGCAAAUACAAAAAGAAACAGGAAAAUGGACAAAUACGAGCAAAUAGCCCUGUUCAUAUCCAGUACAGUAUGUACGGUCAUAAGAUGACACAUCAUAUGACAGAAAGACCAGGUUCAGUCCUGUGUGAGCAAAGGAUAGCAAAUCCGGUUGUACAGGUUUAUCAGACUCCCCCUUUUACACCAAAACAUGUCGAGAAAAGCGAGGAGGAAGAAAACGAGAUCUGUAUCCCAAAGAAAAUAACUAGUAGCCUCUCAGAAAAUGAGAAAAAAUCCCUGCAGUCUACUUCACAUAUAAAGUUCACUGAUCCAUCAGCAGAGUUUGUGUCUUUUCAGGAUGCAAGUUAUCUUUACAGAAAUAUCAUCGAAAAAGAAAGACAAAUGCAACAGCUAGGCAUUGCUGAAUAUCUGAGAAAAAAUAUGGCACAUUUACAACCAGAGAUAGAGACCCAUUACCCUGAAAGUCGGGAAGAGCUAAAAUUAAUGGAAACACUUAUGUACUCAAGGCCUAGGAAAGUACUGGUAGAACAAACCAAAAAUGAAUAUUUUGAACUCAAAGCUAAUCUCCAUUCAGAACCUGACUAUCUUGAAGUUCUGGAGCAACAGACAUGACCUUUGGAUCUAUACAAUAUAAAACCUUUUCACUGAAUAGCGAACAUGAACAUAACUGCUAUGGUAAUAUGAAGUGCCUCACUGAUCUGUCUUAAACAAAGGAUAUUCAUGUAAAAACUCAGGGAUAUAUGGAAUUAUGGAGAUGUAUUUGAGUUUUCAAUGUUGUAUGCUAUGUGGUUUUGUAAAUAAUUAUUGAUGUAAUGUUCAUAAAAUGUUAUUUAUACUUUAUAAAGUGAAAAAAAAUAUUUCAAAACAUUAACAUUUGAUCAAUAUAUUGCAAUAAUACAUGUGCAAAGUAAAGCAGAGAUACCAAUGUAUUAUCUCAUAUAUUUAAGGGAACUUGUCACCAGAUUUUACCCUAUAUAACUGUUGGCAACACGUUAUAGAGAGCAGAAAAAGGU